AUGCCUUCAAACAGCGCUGCAUGGCUCGUCGCCGCAAAGACGUCACCAUUCGAGGUCAAGGAAGCUCCCCUCCCCGAAGUUGCCCAAGGCCACAUCCUCGUCAAGAACUCAGCUGUCGCCAUCAACCCUGUCGACAUUGCGAACCAGCAUGUUGGUAUUUUUAUUUCCGAGUCUCAAUACCCCGUCAUUCUCGGAGAGGAUGUUGCUGGUACUGUAGAGGCAGUCGGCUCUGAUGUCACCAACUUCCAGCCUGGCGACAGAGUCUUGGGCUACGCUACUUCGCUCGCCAGCAAGGACAAUGCAAACAGUGCUUUCCAGGAGUACACAUCUAUUCGAGCCGACUGCGCCUCAAAAAUCCCCGAGGGACUUUCUUUUGAGCAGGCUGCUGUUCUCCCCCUCUCCCUCGCUACCGCUGCGUGGGCUUUGUUUGGCGAUGCCACACUCAAGAUGAAGUUUCCUAGUCUCAACCCUGAGCCUACUGGUGAGACAGUCCUCAUCUGGGGCGGUGCAGCCAGUGUAGGCGGAACUGCAAUUCAACUGGCUAAAGCAGCUGGCUACGAAGUCAUCACCACUGCAUCAACCAAGAACCACGAAUAUGUCAAGAGCCUCGGCGCUGACCACGUCUAUGACUACAAGUCCCCGCAUGUGACCAAGGAUAUUUGCUCGCUACUCAUGAGCAAGAAACUCGCGGGUGCUUUGGAGGCCAGUGGCAACGAAGAAGCUAUGAACAGCGCCAGCCAAUCCAUUGCCCACGGCGACGGUUUGCGCAAGGUUAUCUGUGUCCGCGGUCCUCAAUCGCAGUUGCCAGAGGUCAAGGCUCAACCGAUCAUGUCAACAAGCAUUAUCGGUACACCAGUUGCGAAAGCUGUUUUCGGAGAUUACAUACCUGUUGCUCUAGAGGAGGGCAAGUUCAAGGCUGUUCCGGAAGCGGAAGUCGUUGGAAAAGGCUUGGAGUCUGUUCAGUUGGGUGUUAAUACUUUGGCCAAGGGUGUUUCAGCAAAGAAGAUUGUUGUUAGUUUGUAG